CACCCCGGCUUCUUGCAGUCUGCGAAACUGUCAAGCACCAGGCAGCAGAAGAAGAACAGCAGCCGCCGAAGUCCCUGAAGAAGAAGAAGAAGAAGAAGCCUCCACUGGCCUCGAGCCGCUGAAGAAGAGCCUCGGCGUGCGAGAGGAGGAGGAGGAAGCCCAGUCAGCCCCGAAGAGCCCCCGAAGAGCCCCAGAGGUCCGGCCAGGAGAGCGUGCUCUCCUGAGCCGCCGCUGCGGCGGCAUUGCCGCCGCAGCGGCGGCAGUGCCACAGCUGCGGGCACCCCCGCGGUCAGCCGCCGCCACCACCGCGGUCCCCACCGGCCCAGGCGCCACCACCACUGUCGCCCUCUUUGCGGUCCGUAGCCACUGUCGCGGUAGCUCUAGUGGGUAAGUGCCACCACUUUAGCUACCGCGCACAGUCGCCGCCGCUAUGGCGUAAUGUGGAGGGAACCGGCCGGCGGCUGUGGGAGCACCAGUUCCGACUGAAUCCGAAGACCUUGAUAACCUGAACUUCUGAAACUCUUACGAAACAACCAAGGAUAAAGACAACUGUACAGUACCAUAUGAGGAAGACAUCGCAACCAUCCCACGCCAGAGCUGUGUUUGGGAAUGCUAGACUCCACCUUGAUGUCUUUUUCUUCUCGGCAGUUUGCAAUUUCAGCUCUGGAGGUGUUUCCCCCCUCUUAGAUUGCUUUUCUGCAAUUAGGGUGACUAUAAGUGCCUUCAUUCAAGUGAUCCAGCCACAAGGUAUGUGCGUUAUCUCAAAUCUUGAUUAGAAUAAGGAAUGAACUAGCCACUCACCUCAAAGUCUUUGUGGAACGUUGUAUAUCUGACUAGCGUUGCCAGCUUCUGAAACCUUGGAACAUUGCUCUAUGGCCGGGGGCGCUGUUCCUACAAGGAGUAAUAAUGACACUAAAGAAAAGAAAGGGGGGGUAGCUGGGUAGCUCAGUGGAUUGAGAGCCAGGUCUAGAGACAGGAGGUCCUGGGUUCAAAUUUAGCCUUAGACACUGCCUAGCUGUGUGACCCUGGGCAAGUCACUUGACCCCCACUGCCUAGCCCUUACCACUCUUCUGUCUUGGAAACAACACACAGUAUUGACUCCAAGAUGGAAGAUAAGGGUUUAAAAAAAAAGAAAGAGGAAUCAUGGCAGGCAUACAGGAAGAAUAUUCUUCACUGUAAUGCAGUUUGUCUAUAGGUCUGAGAGAGAGGAAUAGACAAUAAAUGCACCUCACUGAAGACAUCAUAGCCUAAUUUCUGGGUGAAAAUGAGGAUAGCAGAAAAAAAACCCAUUUCAUAGAAUAAAGAUAAUUGCCAGAGAGAAAAAACAAAGAGAUUACUAAAAUAUCACUGCCGGCCAUGCAGGCUAACUGGAUGCACGGAACAUAGACAGAAAGGAAAUGGUUCUGAACUCAAAGUGAUUUAAAGAUGGUUUCACAACCUUUUCAACUCCAAUAUUGCCACGUUUUAUGAAGAUCACUGAGCACAGAACGGAUUUGCUUGAAAAUAUGUUCUUCUUUGUAUUCAAAGAUAUGAAUAAAACAGCAAGAUAGCCUCUAUAAUCAUGAAAAUGCCAUAUUUCAUGUAUGACUAGGUUUGUGGGUAGUUGAGGAAAUGAAUAAAAUGCCUAUUGAAAUAUAUAGAAAACAGCCAUAAUAGAAGUUUAAAAUUCCACAUGUGUAGCUGGCGAUUUUUUAAAGAUAAUACAAAGACUUUAGAAUAACUCAGAUAUAGUAAAGCUUGAUAUAUGCAUGUGUAAUCAAAAAUAAUUUAACUCUUUGGGUAUUGUAUCCGUUCUGUAUUAAUGACUGGAUGUUUCAUUUGAAUGUUGCUUUUUUAAAAAAGGUCUCCAGUUAUUUGCCUAGGAACACAGAAAGAAUAAUGGAAUCACAUAGCUUAAACUAAAUGCAACAAAGACAUUUUAAGAUAGUAAACAUGAUCUCAAGCUUAUGUAUCAAUUAAAUACAGCUCGAGGAUUUUAGUCAAAGAUAUUUUAGCAAAGCCCAUAAAACUGUAAACUAUUAGUAUCUAAUUGAAGAAGAGCUAUUUCAAUAAAACGUACCAUACAAGAAGCCCAAUACGUUUUGUUGAUCAAAAUACAACAAUGCAUGUGGAAGUGCUUUAUAAACAACGAACGAUAAUUUCAUAGUGAUGAAUAUGUUGUUGGUAUGACUGUCUCUCUUCAUUUCUGUUGUUCUACAUGACUAUUUUCCCCAGAACAAGCAAGUUAAGAUUGAGAUGGGAAAAUUCCAUUUAAUCCAUUAUCUCUGGUUUUCUUGGUAAGGAAAUAAUAAAGUAUAGCAAAGAGGGCACCAUGUUGAAUGUAUGGGGUUAGAAUACAAGACCUUGGUGGUCUGACGUACAAGGCUAGAGGAAUAUGUCAGGUAGAGGAAGCUAAUGGAGUGAGACUGCGGUUUCAAUAUACUAAGCCAUAUGAAAUCCAGUAAAAGUUCUGGUCACUGAAUCCAUACAUUUCCAGCUAGGAGGGACCUCAGGGGUCAGCUAGUCCAACCCUUAGUUUUAUAAAAUGUGAAAGAGGUAGCAUGAUUUGUUCAAGGCCUUAUGGUCCUGAAGUGAACCAGGUCUUUUUGAUUCCCAAACCAGUGUCCUUUCCACUGCAUCAUGGGGGAGUGUUUUAGGAAAAAUUAAAGACUUUCCCCCUACUUCUCAAAGAGAAAUAGAAGUUGUCCAUAAACUAUGUGUCCCUACCAGACACAUAAUAUUUUUGCCAAUGUUUUGUGGAAAAGAUUCAUUGUUAGGUUUUUAUCCAAGGGAAAGAGGUGGAGAAACUGCUCUCAUGUCAAAUCUGACUCAUUUUAACAGUCCUUGUUGAAAGGUAGCAGCUGUAAUUAGUGUAAAUUUUUCAAGGUGCAAUGUUGUUCUCAUCAACUAUGCCAGAUUUUAAUUAUCUUUUCUUUUCUCUUAAAAGUGAUCACCUCUACAGACUCUAAUUUUAAAUUUCAUUUUCAAGACAAAAAGGAGAUGACAUUUUAGAUAGAUAGAAAUAUUAUUUCAAAAACCACUUGAGUUUAUAAGACAUGUUUAUUUUAUUCUCUCGAACAAAGUGGCAGGUCAUAAGGUUCAAAGGAAUUUUCACCUUUUUUUCCAUUUAAAAUUAAAUAUUCAUAUUCUUUCUGCCUUUAUACACAAACCUUUUCUAGUACCUGCUUGUUUUGAAAUUGUACAAUACCAAUUCAAUAUAGCCCAACAUUGACUUGGAUAGCACAGAUCUUACCAAAGGGGGGUUUUACUCUCCUUUGUAAUAUUUCUGUAGUAUCAUAUAGUUGAGUGUGUCAUAAAUAGAACAUCUGGAGAUGAAAGGAGAAAAGACAUGUGCAUGUAUCGUGUUGUAGAUUGACCCAAUCAGCACAGCUUUAUGGGAUUUGAUUUCUAUAUUAGAAAGUAGUUUAAGACAGAAAACUACAAAAUGAAAGAAUUAAUUUUCAGUAAUGUGGUCCCUAAGAACUCACAGUUAGUGAGUAUUUUCUUUGAAGUUCUUUUUCAUUUUCAGUAUCUUUAGUUUGAAAGAAUUACAUCAAUGCAGGAUAUGCAUUUGUAGAGAAAUGUGAAACAGAGAUUACAGAGUAAGUUCACAAAGAAACCAAAUUAAAUUGGCCUGAGCUUCUCUUUGACAGUUCUUGCCCUUCCCAAGAUUAAAGUUUUAGGUCUAUUCUGCUUUAGUUUACCUUCUUGAAAUAAAGAUUAUGAAGGAAGUAACUAAAGUCACCUUUAAUCUAGUUUCCUGUCAAAAAAUUGUAAGAAGAGUAGAUAUGAAACAAUAUGCUUAGUUUUUUUUUUGUGGCAAACUCUCCAAAAGAUUUAAGUGAGAACUCAAAAUUCAAAUCCCUUCCUCAAAUUUCAGAUUCUUUUUUCUUAGAGUUCUGGACUUAAAUGCCAGACUUCUUCCCCUAAACCUCCCCCCAAACUCCUAAUUUGAUAUACAGCUACAGUUCUUAAAAUGCUUCCUCAGUGUUCUCUUUGGAAAGAUUAGUUAACCAGUAUGUUAAAUUCCAAAUGCAUCACUGAAGAAAAUCAAGGAAUAUAUAUAUAUAUAUAUAUAUGUAUAUAUAAUUAUAAAUUAAUUUUAAAAUAAUUAAGGCUCAGUCUUGAGAAUAAAUUCUGUGUUCUGUCCUUUUGUGGGAAAAUAUGCUACAAAAUAAGGGAAUAUUUACUAAUGAUUUUCUUUUCAUAGAAUAGAAAAAAAUAGAAAGCUGGUGAGAAUAUUAAAAAUUCAACCAUCUAAUUUUACAGAUAAGGAAAUCGAGACCCUCAGGGAAGGUGUAUUUGUAUUUUCUUCUUGGAAAGAAAUUAUUUUGCCUAAAGUCUCAGUCCCAAUCCAGUAUUCUUUCCUUUAGAACAUAAUUCUAAUUGGAACUGAAUUCAUACUUAUAUAUGUUUAUGCAUGUAUAUGUAUAUAUAUAUAUAUAUAUAUAUAUAUAUAUACAUACAGCCACACAUAUAUGUAUUUGUGCCUAUCAGAAGAAGAGAUGUAGGAGCCAUACGUGAUAAAGUCAACUUGACUCAUAUACCACUUGGUAGCAUGGUUACUAGAAGCUGCCUCUUCUUUUCAAGAGGCAGAAAUGAUGCUUUGCAAUUGAACAAAUAAUGUGACAUAGACAUUAGAAAAAGAAAGCAUCUCUAUCUCUCGUCUUUCAAAGUGCCUUUGCUUUAUUCUUUUUUAUAAGUAGAAAUGCAAGCAUAACCAUGGCAAAAAUAAAUACAUUUUAAGAUCCUUGAGAUUAAUUAAACAAAAUAAGCAACUUGCCUAUGCUAUAUCAAAAGUAGCGUGAAGGAUUUUUUGUGGCUACUGAUUGAACCUAGAGGCUUAUUGGCUAAAGACCCUAUCAAGAAUAUUUUCCUUCUUCAGUUCUCUUUUGUGUCUCCAAGAGGCAUACUCAAUUUCCCCCACUGUUAUCUAAAGAAAAAAUAAACAUUGUCAGGUUUCUUACAAAUGAUAGAGUCUGCUUUAUGUUAACGAAUGAAGCAAAAUUCCAUAUCACUGAUUUGGGUCAAUCCCUUGAUGACAGUUGGGGUCUGAAGAGCUUCUAUUAAAGCUAAUGUAUUCUGCAUUAGCCCAGCGCUUUUUCAUAAUCCCAUCUCCCAUCCAUAGAACAACUAUAAAGAUUUGAGCUGGUUCCUACUAAAGUAUUUUAAAACUAUAGAGAACAUAGACGCAGAUGCAAGAUAUUUAUUUAGUGCCCCAACUUUUUUAUUUGACUGAACUUGGUAAAAUCUGAUGCUGUGUUCCAUCAGGAGUAUGCCAAAGCCAUCUUUGAGUACACCAAUGAGGCAGUUUUCCCCCCUGAUACAAAAAGCACUUGCCUCAAUCACAUAGACCAUAGCAAAAAUCUUCAGGUGGUAACAGUGUGUACAAGGGAUGUUUCUUUCCCCUCUGUCCUCAGAGGAGAGAGUUACCUUUUCCUCUAACCUUUUCUUUGUCCCAUCUCUGAUAUUCCAACCUGAUGUGCCGCAAUUUUAUUGUUAAUGGUUUCUGGUCUUCAUUUUCUGGGGUUGCCAAUUUAUAGAGAGAGUUAAUGCAGCAUGUGAUUAGUUUCCUACAGUAAGUGCUAGUCAUAGCCUGUGGGACAUAUUUUCAGUUUUGAUGGCUCGUUCCUUUUUCUUCAACAAGGGCCCUUUUCUAUAAUUAUGAAUCUAGUCUUUCUCCAGACUUCUUAGAGUAACAAGCUCAGAGAAAAAAGCCCUUCAUUUAUAAUGUGAAGUAUAGUCGGAAUGGAAAAUCGCAGCCCCUGGUAUAAGUUUACAAAAUAUGACAAUUAUGCAUCUGGCCACCUUUGUUCAAUUUCAAUGUGUGCAUUUACCUUGCUUCAGGUGGAAAUGACCUAAUGCUAGUCAUAAUUUCUGUACAGUCAUGCUAAUGAACAUCUGGAAGUCCUCAGGAACACUUUGGACACCUAACAUAUAACAGACUGGAAUUACUUUUAAUUUGAGAUUUUGUCUUGGAGUGACUCCAAGGCAUCAUUUUGGUUUUCUCUUACUGUUUUUUUUUCUUUUGCAGCCCUUUCCUUUUCAAAACAAAAAAAAGAUCAGAAAUUUGAAUGGGGUUUAUUAGGGGAAAAGAUGUUUGUUCAACCUUUCACAAAAUAGAGCUUUAAAUUGUUUCCUUCAAAUGCAAAACAUUCUGGAAACUGAUGAAAAAAGUAGGGUUGUAGCUACACUCAAGAAAAAUAAAGCUUGAUUGGGGAUGGUGGGACCUUUCUUUUAAUCCAUUCUUCCUUCAUCCCCACUGUAGUUCCUUGAAAUAAGGCUCCUGAAAUCAAUAGCCAUAACUCUGAGUUUUCUUUUGAUGUUAUGUAAGAAGUUGCAAUAGAAAGAAUGGAUGAUUGAUUUUUCAGGGUGAUGGGUCCCUCCAAUUGUAAUCAUUCUCUAAACCCAACGGUCUCUCGAGGAAAAGGUGAUUCUCUUUAACUUUUAACUGCAACAGUAAUGGCCAGACAACUAUUUGAUUUAUUUUGAAUGUUGCAGGAUAUCUCUUCCACAAAUACCUUGUCUGCAUGUAUGUGGGGAUGUUGGCCAAUAAACCUCAAUGUUCCUUACUUAUCCCAUUGAAAGUGUGAUAGAAGGGCACUAGACUGAAGCAAAGGACGUGAGUUUUAGUCUUGGCAUUGGUUCUACCAUGAGACCAUGGGCACAAGUUACAUAAUCUCUCUGAGUCUCGGUUUUCUUAUCUGUAAAAUGAAGGCAAAAGGCCUUCUCUACCUGAACUGCAGGACUAGUGUAAAAAAAGUGAAUAUUAACUUUUAAUUGCUAGAGGUAGUUUGGAAUUGUGGUUAUGGCUGGCCUUAGAACUUGGAAGACAUGAGUUUUAAGUCAUGCCUUAAGACUGACAUAUGCUAGCUAUGUGACCCUGGUCAAGUCACCUAAUUUAUGAUCAGUGCUACAGGCAAUUCUCUUAAGACUCUGAGUUGCAAAAGAGGUAGUAAUCUAUAUUGGUAGGAAGAAUUUCCUCAGCUAAAAUUUCCCUGUACCAAUGAAAUCACUGAUUCAGUCUCCAUUCCUUUCUUUAUCCAGAUGAAGCAUAUAAAUAAAACAACUUUUGCAAUACUCUCAUCCUUCAGGUGAUGGAACAGACAUAUAUAUGUUCGAAACUGAUCUACACUCCAUUCACAUAAAAUAGCCACCACACAUUGUAGUAAUUUGGCUUGAAUUCUUCCAUAAUGAGCACCAGCUUCUGUAGAGGACUAUAUUAGCUAAUGAGUCGCUAAAGAAUCAUUGACCUUUUAGAGCUACAAGUAGUGGCUCCAGUCAUUGUUUUUCUAAUUUUAGAAACAAGAUAAAGACAAAUAUAAAAGUAAAACUACAGCAUAUUUCCACUUUCAUAGAAUACAUUUUAAGGAAAAAUCAGAUAAAGGCAAUGGAAGCAACUGGUUAACUGGUAAGGAAGUUUCAGAUUUUUCAGACAAUUUCUAUGUUUCCCACUGUCAUGACAUUCUAAACCCCUAAUAUUGAGAUGUAGUGUAGGACCUGGAGUUAGUCUUGCCUCUGACAAAAAGGGCAAGUCACUUAACCUCGAAAUGUCCCCCUAAAACCCUCUAAAACUAUUAGAAGCAAAGUAGAGGCAAAUCUGUGUCAAUAAUUGGAAGUUCCUUUCUCAAAUUUCUUGAUACUAGCUCCUCCCCUGCCUCCAUUCUAUUUUAAUUAAACAGGGUACCAUUAAACAAAUUGCAUAGGCAGCUCUGGAAGUUGAUGAGAAAAUGGUAAAAUAAUGGGCAAGACUGGAAAACUCAGUGAGGUCUGUCUUCUCCCAGUAUUAGGGAAUCUAAGAAACAUGAAGUAAAGCAAUGGAAAGAAUGUAGGAUUUGUAGUCAGAGGACCCUGGUCUGUAUUCUGGUCUGCUAUUUUAUAAUCCAAAAGACCUUGGACAAGUCUUUUAAACUCCGUGAAUCUGUUUUCUUAUUGGUAAAAUGAUUGGUUUGAACUAGAUAGCCCUUAAGGUUCCUUUAUGCUCUAGAUCAGUACUGGCAAAGACAUGGCAUGCAUACAGAACUGGCACUCAGGGAGCUGCUCUGUUCCUCCUCUUCCCAGUGCCUGAGGAUAUUUUUUGCAUGCCCUGUCCCUCUGUCCAGCCACCCAAAGCAAGCACUUCCUCCCUCAGUUCUCUCUAGUAAUUUAGUGGCUCACAGACAGCUUGAAUUUGCCUUCUGGGCACUCAAACUGGGAAAAGGUUUGCCAAUGCUGCUCUGGAUCAAUGAUCUUUGGAAUGUUUGGACAAUCAUUGACUUAGUACUUGUGUGUGCCUGAAUUGUAACCUAAUUUCUAACCAGAGUAGGAAUGAUAUGGCAAUUCCUUAAAGAGGAGUUCCAUUUGAUGUAGGUACCUAAAAGUACUUUUCAGAUUGAAGAUGAUAUAGCCAAUUUAUCCUAAACUAGGGAGGAUAAAAGACUUCAAAUUAGGUCUUAUUCUUUAUUCGUAAUUUUCUCUCUAAGGAGGAGAUAUUGUAACAUGUAUGCAAGUGUUCUUUAAGAUCGACUGGUUUUCUGCCAGUUGUAAUAAUGAAUAAUACUUAAGGCUGAAAAUAAGGUCUUCAUUCUGAUGACAAUUGCUUGCAUUUGUUUUUGCAAAUUUUGUAUGGUAUUUUUAACAUGGCAUGCAUAGAUUUCUUAGAUGCAUGGUGAAUAGAAAAAUAGGUAGAAUAUAUGCAGGUAAAAGGUAUAUUAAGUAUCAAUGAGGUAUUUUUAGCCUCACUUUAAUAAAGGAGUGUAUGGCGUGUAAUUCGCCAGAGAGUAAGAUUCAAGUUAGUAUCUCUAUUAUGCAAUCCCACUGCUCAAUAGCAUAUAAGUAGUGCUAGAAAAGAUUAGACCACAGACAAUAGCCGGGUUUGUUGUUUUACUAGGAUACCACAGUCUCUUCUGCAUUAGGAUUGCUUUCCAUUUCACAAGGAAUAUUUCACAGUCAGAGCCCUGGCUCAUCAAUGCUGAGAAGUACAUGGGCACACACCAUUUCUUUUUAAUUUUGAGAUCACAAAUUGUGGCACUGGAGGCCUGGGAAGAUUUACCUAGUUAAGCUUCCAUUUCUAGCAAUGACUUAAACCAUCUUAUUUUCUUAGCAGAAAACUCUCACGUAAUUUACUAUAAGCAAGAAAUGUCCAUGCCGUAAAAUUUUCAGUUACUCUGAUCUCACAUGUAUACAUGUGUUUAAUUUUAAAAAGUAAGAUUUUUAACAGUAUAUAGCAUUAGAGUAAUUCAUUAUCUGCCCAAAAUAGACCAUAACAUCCAUGUAAAGAUAUUUAUAACUUGUCAUUAGAACCAUUUCUAAAGCAUUGCUAAUGUUAUUGAUCACCAAUAAAUGGACACUUCCUUAAUUAGAGUGUUACAUGCAUUAAUACCUUCCCAUAAUGGCUUUUUAAAUGACCAUCUUGGUAGCCGAUCUUUUGGCCUACUAAAUGCCUGAUGGCUGCAUUAACCCCCAUUUCAUUAUAAUCUACCAUCUGGUGGAAUGUGAUGUGGUGCAAUGAAAAGUUUGCAUUCUUUUUUUUUUCUAUAGCAAAUGCCCAUCAAUUGGUCAUUUAAUCAAUGAGAAUUUUUAAUUGCCUAAUACAUGCCAGGUACCAGUUCUAUGAGUAUUUAUACUGUUCUCCUAAAAGACUAAUGGUAAACAUUUGAAUCUUCCCUGGCCUCAUUCUUAACUUGAAGAUGGAGGAACAAGGCUGUGGAGGGUGGGGCGAUACCAACGGUCUCUUAGAGUUGUUUAUCCUUGCCAGUUUGCAAAGCACAUUCACAUGCAUUGCUUAAUUCGAUCAAUAGAUCAUAUUGUUCUCCCUGGGUGCGAGAUGCCAUUGCAGUGUCUAUUCUCAGAAUGGGUACCUUUAGGUACUGCUAUAAUAUCCUUGGACAAAAUUCAGGAACUGUCUUACGAUAUUGAUGCUUAAAUGAUUUAUUUCUGCUGAGAUCAUGUCUUCCUGUCAUCAAUAACUCGAUAUUUUAAGGGAAAAAGCAGCAAUACUCAAAUGAAAUAGUUAGAUCACUAAUACAGGAUUGCUACAUUAAUAGCCAAAAUAUAUGACCAAAGUGAUUGAACAUAGUUGAUUAUUACUCAUGUAUAUCUCUUAUGCUUUUUCUUCUUUAUACUCCAAUAUGCCUGUUUCCCAAGGAUCCUGAGAUACAUAUGCAGAAUAUUAAGAAUGACUGUUUUUGUAUUCAUUUCCACAGGAAUUUAUAAGUAAAAGAUUUUCUUUAACCUUCCAUGACAUCUUUGAUUGUGGCUAAUCUAAAAACUUUGUUUGGCAAAACAAGUGCUCCCGCUUCAUGGAAACAAAGGGUCUCAAUGUGGGUACCUGGGUGUAAUCAACCAGGGCCUGUGUGUACACUACCUCAGGCUUAGAACAAGUUUGAUAUGUUAACAUUUCUCAUUUUUCAGCGAGGGAAGGUGCAUAAAACCUUUGGUAACUUUGGUGUAGUGCUAGAUAAAUAGGCUAAUAUGAUGAUUAUCUUUUUAAUCAUCACUACUAUGUUUUUCUACAGAAUGGUGGCAUUGCACUAAUGUAAGCUGAAACAGUCUUUAAUUCACUUGAAUUCAGAACUAUUUCCAUUCCACAACUUUUAUCUUCCGUAUUUAGUUAGCCUGUACACUUAGUGAUGUUUUGCUACUCUUUUCUUUUUUCUCUCUCUGUCAGUUAUUUUUCAGUUUUUUCGGAGGACGAUAAUAUCCAUUGCCGAGAUGGGUUUUUAUUCUGGAAUUUGCAUUUUGACCGUCCUGAUGGCAUUUUUCAUAUUUCAGUCCGAUGCACAGGAAAAGAAUUAUACCGUACCAGAAGAACUACCUGAAAAUGUCCUGAUAGGUGAUUUAGUCAAAGAUCUAAAUCUGACUUUUUCACCAGACAAAAAGCUAUCCACCCCCCUACAAUUUAAAUUAGUAUAUAAGAGUGGCGAUUUGCCAAUAGUAAAAAUAGAGGAAACCACCGGUGAGAUAUAUACUACCGGUGUACGCAUAGAUCGGGAAGAAUUAUGCACUGGCAUUUAUAUUGAGACCCACUGUUUCUACGAAGUGGAGGUAGCUGUUUUACCUGAUGAAAUCUUUAAGUUAGUCAAGAUACGUUUUAUAAUUGAAGAUGUCAAUGAUAAUGCACCACUUUUUCCUGCAACUGUCAUCAACAUUUCUAUUCCUGAGAACACCGCUAUCAAUUCACGAUAUCCGAUACCUUCAGCUAUUGAUCCUGAUAUUGGAAUCAAUGGAAUUCAACAAUACGAACUAAUUAAGAGCGUGGUUCCUGGCUUCAACGUCGGCACCAACAUCACGAAAUACUUAGAGGAGCUAGAUAUAUUUGGGCUCGAUGUCAUUGAAACACCUGAGGGAGAAAAAUGGCCCCAACUAAUUGUCCAAAAGAUGUUAGAUCGAGAAGAAAGAGAUACAUAUGUAAUGAAAUUAAAAGUCGAAGAUGGCGGCUCACCUCCAAGGUCUAGUACAGCCAUUUUGCAAGUAUCUGUGAUUGACAUGAAUGACAACCGUCCAAUCUUCAAGGAGACAGAAAUUGAAGUCACUAUACCUGAAAAUGCUCCUGUCGGUUCUUCAGUUUAUCAACUACAUGCCACAGAUGCCGACGUGGGUGCAAAUGCACGGAUUCAAUACUUUUUUAGCAGUCUUAUGAGCAAUGUUGCUAAGAAACUUUUUAGCCUCAAUAAUACUACAGGACUUAUUACUAUCAAGGAGCCCUUGGAUAGGGAGCAAGCACCUCUACACAAGUUAAUGAUCGUAGCCACGGAUGGCGGGCCAAUGCCAGCUAGGGCCAUGGUGAUAGUAAAUGUCACGGAUGUAAAUGACAACCUCCCAUUAAUUGACGUCAGAUAUAUUAUCGAUACCACCAAUGGGACUGUGUUUUUGUCAGAAAAUGCCGCACUCAAUACCAAAAUUGCCCUCGUUACAUUGAUAGAUAAAGAUGCUGACCGUAAUGGAAGAGUGACAUGUUUCACCACAAAUGAGGUCCCCUUCAGAUUAAGGCCAGUUUUUGACAAUCAAUUCCUGAUGGAGACUUCCUCUUUCCUAGACUAUGAGACUGUAAAAGAAUAUGAGGUACAAUUGUUGGCUUCUGAUGCUGGCAAACCUCCUUUGAAUUAUACUACUUCAGUCGUGAUCAAAAUCAAAGAUGAAAAUGAUAAUGCACCUGUUUUCACCCAGCCAACCUUUGGGAUUUCUGUCCCAGAGAACAAUGCUCUUGGUGCUCAGCUAACAAAAAUCAGUGCAACAGAUAAAGACAGUGGAAAGAAUGGAGAAAUCACUUACCUGAUAGCAAAUGAAGGCCCCUAUCCUUUCAGCCUGGAUAACCGUACAGGCGUUCUAUCAGCAGUGGAACAACUUGAUAGAGAAACAAAAGACAAAUACACCUUCACAGUCACUGCAAGGGACAAUGGCGAGCCUCACUUGCAGAGCAAUGCCACAGUGACUGUAACAGUCCUUGAUCAGAAUGACAACAGCCCCACUUUCACCCAUAGUGAGUACAACUUCUACGUCCCAGAAAACCUGCCCAAGCAUGGCACAGUGGGGCUCAUCACUAUAACCGAUCCUGACACUGGAGAUAAUGGAGUCAUCACUCUCACCAUUCUAAAUAACAAUGGUAGUUUUAUCAUUGAUGCAGUAAAUGGAGUCAUCCGACCCAAUAUCUCUUUUGACAGAGAGAAACAAGAGUCUUAUACUUUCGUAGUCGUGGCCACAGAUGGAGGUAGAGUGCCACGCUCUUCAACUGCCAGGGUGACCAUAAAUGUGGUUGACAUUAAUGACAACAAACCAGUUUUCGUUGUUCCUCCUUCAAACUAUACUUUUGAGUUUAUUCCACUAGCUACUGAAAUUGGCACACUUCUGUAUGUAGUGAUGGCUGUCGAUGAGGACACCGGCAUGAAUUCUGAAAUUCGUUACCAGAUUGAAGAUGGAAACAAAAAGAAAUUGUUUGAAAUGGAAGGAUCAUCAGGGAACAUAACCCUGAAGUCAAAAUUUAUUCCUGCAGACACAGGUUUACACAAGCUGUUGAUCAAAGCUAGAGACUUAGGACAACCUGACUCAAUGAAUAGCAAGAUACUUGUAAAUCUAUUUGUAAAUGACUCUCUUCACAAUUCUUCUUUCGUUGAUGAACUACUGCGCAGAGCUCGGGGAAAAACAAGGAACCGAGAGGUAGAGAAGACUGAUGUCGCAAACACUAUAAACAGUGACUACAUCAAGUACAUCAUUGCCAUCAUUUCUGGUUCAAUGACGGCUGUCUUGACCAUUGUUAUCGCUGCUAUUUUACGUUGCCGCCAUUUCCCAGGCUUCAAGGCAAGAAAACAGAAUUCAGAAUGGGUUACUCCAAAUCCAGCUAACAGUGAGACAAUAACCCUUACCACCACUGAUAUUGGAGGUGCUAAUAGUGUCAUCGUUAACCUCGUCUCCCUUAGUGAACCCAGGACUGAUGAUGCUGAGAAUGAGGAGGAGGUUACUACCUCCAUAGAUGUUGCUGUGGACAUUGAAGAAGCAACCAUGGAGAAGUACAACUGGGGUACCAAUUCUUCUACUUUUAAGCCUGAUGGUCCUGAUUUGGCCCAACACUACAAGGCUACAUCUCCUCAGCCAGCCUUCCACAUUGAGCCCGAGACCCCUGUGCAUUCAAAGCACCAUGUGAUCCAGGAGCUGCCUCUGGACAAUACUUUCGUGAUGGGCUGUGACUCUCUUUCCAAAUGUUCCUCCAGCAGCUCAGAUCCAUACAGCAUUUCUGAUUGUAGCUGCCAAGGAACCAUCAAGACUACAGCCACCAUUCAUCCCCGACAGGCUGCCAAUGAGCUUGGGAUGACUGAUAUUCCACUGAAUGAUCCAAAUGUGAUCGCUAUUCGGACUUACCCUCUGCAUUUAAUGCCAGCUGCGAGACCACGCACCCCACUGCGAGAGCCCGCUGUCCAGGAGACAGUGGUGGACAUCUGGGGUCCUCCUCAGAGGAAACCAGAGCCAAAAAAGCCAGGAAAGGCUCAACGCCGUGUGACUUUCCACCUCCCAGAAAGCUCUCAGGAGAGCGGCAGUGACAAUGCACCUAUUGAUGUGGAAGCAGGUGCCGUUGGUGGUGCUAGGCCAUUUGGCUAUGGUCGGAGAGACUACUAUGACCAUGCUACACACAGCAACCGCACUGAAGGAGAUGGCAACUCUGACCCUGAAACUGCUGCUGAAGUAACCGUGCAGCCAACCCUUGAAGAAGCCUCUGACAACUGCACCCAAGAAUGCUUUAUUCUUGGCCAUUCUGACUCCUGCUGGAUGCCCGCUGCGCUGCCCCAGUACCAGCAGCCUCGGUCUCCGGAGCCUCCUGCCGUGAUUCGACACAGUCCUCCUGCUUCAAAUCUGAUCACUACCACAGUGUUAUGUCAUAAUCCUCCACAGCCCCAGGCUGCUGCCAUUUGCCCCAGUCCUCCUCAGGCACAGAGGCUAGAAUUGGGGCAUGGUGCUAGGCCUGAAGAAAGGGGCGCUACUGGAGGACUUUUUGCACAGGAUGACUCUAUUCAGGGCCGCAGAAGUGGUCCCAGAGGCCUGUUUUGCACAGCUGAGCAUGAUAACUCAAUCAAAGUAAUUCCUAUGAUGACCUUCCCUCCUGGACGGGCUCGACGGGAGUUUCCCAAAGUUGACGAGAAUCCCAUGUAAGUGAAUAAUGGAGAUGGAAUGAAGCAGUUUCCCACCCUGUGAGCUUGGAAAGGUUGAAAAAACUACUCUUAAGAGGCCAGCAACUGGAGUCCAUGAAAGAAGCUGCCAGACGCCACAGCAGCUUAGUAUG